CACCCUCCUCCUCUCCCCUCCGCCACUCGCUCGACUUACGCAGCCAAACACCAAGGCGAGGCCGAAACGCGGGCGGCGGAAGAGGGAGAUGAAGAAGGCGGCCGCGGCCUCGCGCUACGCGUCCUACGACUCCCCGUCCCCCUCGCUGCGCCGGGCCGCCGCCGAUACUCCGACGCACGGGAGCAGCCGCGCGCUGGUGGUUGCGCUGAGAUCUGGCCGCGACCUGCUGGGCGCCAAGACGCAGCCACAGCCCCACAACGGCGGCAACCUGGGCUCCGUGCUCCGGCGGCUAAUCUCCAUGGACAAGAAGCCGCCCGCCAAGAACCACCUCCCGGUCCCUCCUGCUGCCGCCGCCGCCGCAGUGAAGAACAACGGCGGCGGGAAGCUGCCGGGGUUAUCGCGGAAGCUGCUGUUCCAGAAGGUCUCGUCGGAGGGGAGCAACAAGAAGAAGACGGCGGCCCUGACGGACGUCAAAAACGGUGGCAACAACGCCAACACGCGGACGCUCGCCAUGGUGCUGCGCAGCGAGCGGGAGCUCCUGGCGCAGAGCAAGGCGCAGGACGACGAGAUCGCCGCGCUCCGCCUGCAGCUUGAGAACAAGGACAGGGAGGUGGAGCGACUCAAGGACCUGUGCCUGCGGCAGCGGGAGGAGAUCAGAGCGCUCAAGGACGCCGUCCUGUUCCCGGACGCCGAGCGGGAGCCGGAGCCGGACCGCCGCCUCCGGGGCGAGAUCUCCACGCUCACCGACCAGAUCCAGUGCCUCGCGCAGGAGCUCGCCCAGAUUAAGGCUGAUAAGCACACGGCAAGGUCGUGCUUUGACGAUGAUGGAUACUGCUCUCCCCCGAGGACGCCGGGGUUUAACGAGGAGACCGCUUUCUCUCUGGAGUGUAGCAUUGGGGAAGCUGAGACGCCAAACUGCGGUAGCCCAGAUGAGAUGUUCAGCAAGGAUCUUAAUCCUUGCCUGACCCCACGCAUUGCCAAGAGCAAAUCUGAUGAGUACCAGGAAUCCAUCGGUUCUCAUCGCAGCAGCGGCAAGGCAGGACCGGACCACUCUUACAGCUCUUUUGGCAGGCUAAUGUCGAGGAGCUCUGACCAUCACAAGCCUACCUCAGGCUCCAGCAGCAAGCGACGAGUAUACAAAUCUGACCAAGACAAGAUCUACCAAAACCUGUUUCGAGUUCAUCACAAUCGUGAACUUCCCACUGAAGGCAGCCUCUAGCCUCUGCUGUGUGAAAUAUUCAUAAGCAUGUGGACUUAUAUAGUCUGUUGAUACUGGUUUCAGGUUGUGUAAUAACAAUGCCCAUGAUGUUGCAGCGAAUGCAAUCUUGGUUUGUGCUUUGUUGUGUUGUCCAUGCCUGCCCAACUAUUCGCAAUGUAUGUUCGGCCAUAGUUAGAUGAAUGGGCAAUGUCGCUUUUCUCU